CUAAUUGCAGUGAUACGAGAGAAAUAAAUUGAAAAAGGAGACGGUGAUUGUCAACACGAAAGAGCAAAGAAAUUCGUGAAACAUCAGCAAAGGAUUCUAAAAACCAAAGGCUAAAAGAAAUGAAGCUAACAUUUGGGACGCUACUAACUUUACUAUGGGCUUUUUCUUCUCUAAAGGUCAAAGCAAAUGAGCAAGCAAAAGCAACAGAACAAACAGACGACAGAAUAAAGCGUUCGCCAUAUGUUCCUAAAUUCAUCGGUAAACGCGAUGACAACAGCGACGACGCAUUGCAAAAACUGGAAGCAGCAAUUCGGGCUGAACUUCUGAAGCAAGAGUCUUAUGACAUUUACCCAAGUGACGAAGAUGACGCAUUUGAGCGAGUUGCUCGCUUAAACAGACAGUUAUUUGUUGGCAAGCGCGAUAGCAACCCGCUUGGAAAACGACUGUUCCUUUCUCCUCAGGUGGGAUUUAAGAGGUCAACACUUCUUUUUCCAGAAUCGGCAGAAAUCCCAGAGCUUAAUGCUGAUAAAAGGGCAAAGCAUCCAAUAUUUGUUGGCAAACGCAGAGCACCUUAUUUUAUAGGAAAACGCCGCAUGCAUCUUGUCGUUGGCAGGGGAGGGAAUAUGAAUGCUCCUAAACUUGUUGGUAAAAGAGGAACGCCUUUGUUUGUGGGUCGACGGAGAGCAGACACGGAAGAAACGCCUACAUAUUUUAGCUAUAUUGCACUACGCAGGUCAGUGCCAGAAGACCCGCGCUUGCGCAUUAACCUUGCAGAUUCUUUGCUCAAACGCUAUAACUUAAACUCUGCGGCUGAUAUUUUGAGUAAGGGUAGAAGUAUUCCUUCGGAAUAUGAAUUGUUGAAUUCUUCCAAUUUUAAAUCAAAGCGAUUUGAAACACCAGUGUUUAUAGGAAAACGAAAUGGUAGUGUAGACUUGGCAAGCGUCAAGCAAGCGCAUAAUCACAUACUUCGAAAGCGUUUCGAACCGCCCAUGUUUGUAGGUAGGCGAAGCGAACAGCAAAAGCAGCUGCAAAAAGCUCAUUAUCAUCACCAGGUGCCCUUGGCAUGAUUCCGAUAAGGAAAAUCUUCUUAACUCUGCAUUGAGAAGAUUGUCAGAAAACAUACUUGAUUCACCAGAGGAAACAUUAGCCAAUUCUCCAUUAAACAUCAAAGAGGAGUACCAGGACAAUUCCGAAAAUUACGAUACUGAUCAUCUUAAAACACAAAACAAUUUGGACGAAAAUUGUUCUGAUUCCCUCCACUUCCCCAUCAAGGAAUAUGAUGACGGUUUAGAUGAACCAAAUAAGCAAGACCCAGAUGUAAAUGACGUGGAACAUCAAAAGUCUAAGAAAUAUUCCGAAUUUCUUGGUAAAAGGUUUUCGGAAUUUCUUGGUAAACGCGGCUUGCCGAAGAGGUAUUCCGAAUUUCUUGGCAAACGACUAGGUCAGGGAAAACGCUUUUCGGAAUUCCUCGGAAAGCGAAGUGACGAUAAAAAUUUAUCUCAUUUGCUUGGGAAAAAAAGUCAUAUAAGAAAACGAUAUUCGGAAUUUCUUGGAAAGAGAUAUUCCAUUGGAAAACGCUAUAGCGAUUUUCUUAUGGGAAAACGGUACAGCGAUUUCCUAAUGGGCAAGAGAAAUAACUGGCUACAUAAAAGACAGGGGGAGUGGAUAGGAAAAUGAACAUGAUCGUCAUAAAUAAAUAUGAACUAUUCAAAACAUAUCAACAAUAUUGCAAAAAAUAUAAUUUCUCAAACCUAGUGUAAAAACAAUAGUUGCUCAAUUAAAUUCUAUAUGUCUUGAU